AUGGCGGCAGCGGAUGGCCCCGUUUCCAACGAUCGGGAAGAACAACCGUCGUUUGAGUUGUCAAGGCAGGAGCCUCCCCAGAUAUUCCAUCAAGCAGAGCGAUGGAACCAUCCCCGGUCCAAUAUACUCAAAACAUUGGCUACUUAUUGGAGCUUUCUAGUUAUGGGCAUGAAUGACGCUGCGUAUGGGCUUGAAUCUCACUACAAUUUAUCCUACACGGUUGUGUCACUUGUAUUCUUCUCACCACUUGGUGGCUACACUCUCGCUGCUUGUCUAAACAAUCGAAUUCACGCUAAGCUUGGCCGUCGUGGCGUUGCAUGGCUGUCUCCUGGGUGCCAUAUCAUUGCGUAUAUAGUCAAUUGUCUGCAUCCACCAUACCCGGUCUUGGUUGUGUCAUUCAUCUUUGCGGGCUUUGGCAAUGGACUUAGCGAUGCCGCGUGGAAUGCCUGGCUAGGGAAUAUGGCGAAUGCAAACCAGCUCCUUGGACUACUACACGGUUUCUAUGGCGCUGGCGGAGUACUAAGUCCUUUGAUAGCCACUUCCUUGAUUACUAAAGCUCAUCUGGAAUGGUAUUACUUCUAUUACAUCAUGAUUGGCUGCGCGGCGCUCGAAUUCGCGUUCCUUCUCACGGCUUUCUGGGAUUCGCCCGGCACACCUGUCGAAGACGCUUGCGCCGAUGAAAGCAAAGGUGGUCUCCGUCAAGUUCUCUUUAAAAAAACGUAUGCCAGGGUAACUUGGCUGUGUGCAUUUUUCCUUCUCGGUUAUGUAGGAAUUGAAGUUGCACUCGGCGGAUGGAUCGUAACAUUCAUGAUGCAAAUCCGCAACGGAGAAGCAUUUGCCAGCGGCAUGACGGCUACUGGAUUUUGGCUAGGACUCACCGUAGGCCGGGUGGUACUGGGCUUCGUGACGCCGCGAAUUGGAGAGAAGGUCUCUAUUGUGGUAUACUCACUACUGGCUAUUGGACUGGGUCUAAUUCUCUGGCUUGUGCCUAAUUUUUAUGCUUCGGCGGUCGCUGUCUCCCUCCAAGGCUUUUUCCUUGGCCCUUUCUUCCCUGCUGUCGUGGUCGUAGCUACCAAGCUUCUCCCGAAGUCGCAGCAUGUCAGCGCCAUUGGGUUUGCGGCUGCGUUCGGGGGAGGAGGUGCAGCUGUUCUACCCUUUGUGGUCGGUGCCCUUGCACAGGCACGAGGAGUGGAGGUUCUCCAGCCUUUCAUCAUCGGCUUGUCCGGAGGUAUUCUCUUGCUGUGGUUAGGGCUGCCGCGGAUGCCAAAGAAGGGAGAAGGAAACCGUCUCAGUGCUUGA